AUGGGAAAUUGUUAAGGUCAUUGUUUUUAAAAGAGUGCUAGNAAGAAAUUGUAUAACAUAAUUUAAUAUUUCAUAGGGGAUUUAUGGGGACCCUUAAUUUUUUGUUUAGUCUUGGCUAUGUAAAUUAGUAUUUGUAUUGAAGGACUCUAAGUUUUAAGGCUGAAUCUACAACUACUAGUACAAAGUCUGAUGUUUUUGCUAUUAUUUUUGUUCUUAUAUGGGUUGGAGCUUUUAUAGUUACUCUUAAUGCUUAAUUGUUGGGAGGAAAAGUGUAAUUAAAAUCAUUAUUAUACUUAGAUCAUUUUUCUAAUCUGUUUGUUUAUUGGGAUAUUGUGUAUUUCCAAUCAAUAUUGAAGCAAUUAUUAUAGCAUUUUUUGGAUCUUAUUUACCAUUUGUAGUCAAAUUGAUUCCUGUAUUAUUAUGUUUCGCUUGGUCUGCUUAUUGUAAAUAUUAGAAUUUUUAAAUAUAAGCAUCUGUUGGUUUCAUGGCAUCAUUGGUACCACCACAUAAAAAGAAAUUAGCAGUUUAUCCAGUAUUUUUAUUUUACUUGUUUUUGUCAUGGUUUUCUUUGAUAGUAUGA